CGUUUUCGCCAUGGAACCCUAAAUACAUUUAAUCGGAAGAAUUGCAGAGUGGGAAGAAAAAAGGAUCUGUAAUUCGAAUCCGGACUAACAAGCGUCUCCAGUUGACGAGUCCUUCUCCUCCAUUCUUGGAACCCUAAAACUUGCGGAAGCGGCAAGCCAAACCAUUUAUCCCAUUAGGCAAAAGGAAGGUCUCAAUCCUUUUCCUUGCGACUCUUCUUCUCUGGAUUUCUCCGUUCCCCAACUUCUCCUUCCAUGUGAGCUACAAAACCCAUUUGAAAACCCUUCAUUCAGUUCUGUUUAACUUCUCUUCUUCCUUCUCCUCAUGGCUACCGAAGCCACCGCCACCGCCGAUUUCCAGAGCCCAGAUUUCAGACCAGUUCCCCAGCCCCCUGAUUUCCAUCCCGAGAUUCUCGUGAAAGCCCACGACGGCCUUCACUUCUGGCAGUUCAUGAUCGCCGGCUCCAUCGCCGGCAUGGUGGAGCACAUGGCUAUGUUUCCAGUCGACACAAUCAAGACCCACAUGCAGGCAAUUGGAUCCUGCCCAAUCAAAUCCGUAAGCAUCUCUCACGCUUUCCGUUCCAUUAUCAAGACGGAGGGCACCGCCGGACUCUACCGCGGCAUCGCUGCAAUGGGUCUCGGCGCUGGCCCCGCCCACGCGGUUUAUUUCUCGGUCUAUGAAACGUGUAAGAAGCGGUUUUCUGGGAACAAUCCGAACAAUUCACUAGCUCAUGCUGCUUCCGGAGUAUGUGCUACCGUUGCAAGCGACGCCGUUUUUACUCCUAUGGAUAUGGUGAAGCAGAGACUGCAGCUGGGGAACAACACCGUGUAUAGGGGAGUUUUGGAUUGUGUGAAGAGGGUCUUUAGAGAAGAGGGUAUUGGUGCUUUCUAUGCUUCGUAUAGGACUACAGUUUUGAUGAACGCUCCUUUCACGGCGGUUCAUUUUGCCACCUAUGAGGCCGCGAAGAAAGGUUUGGCUGAGAUUUCGCCAGAUAGCGCUAACGAUGAAAGCUUGAUUGUCCAUGCCACUGCUGGAGCUGUUGCUGGAGCACUAGCAGCUGUCAUCACCACUCCACUUGAUGUGGUUAAGACUCAGUUGCAAUGUCAGGAGCAAUUGCGACAACUUUUGCAGUUACACUCUGUAGGUGUUUGCGGUUGCGACAGAUUCAAAAGUGGUUCAAUAAGUGACGUUUUGAAAACAAUAGUUAAAAAGGAUGGGUACAGAGGGCUGCUGAGGGGUUGGGCUCCAAGGAUGCUUUUCCAUGCACCUGCAGCUGCUAUCUGCUGGUCUACCUACGAAGCCUCCAAAAACUUCUUCCACGAACUCAAUGAUAGCGCUAACAACAGUGGCACUAUCACUUGAACGGUGUUGAGGUGGGGAAGUCAUGGAUGGAAUCACAAUUUGAUACCGUAAUAAUGCUGUGUACAAGUAGUAGCAAGAUCUUAGGCUUCAGCAACAGAGGACAGUAAUCCAGACAUGGGGUAUCCCUUGCAACAGGCAACUAUAGGCAGAAGUAGAUUACAAAUCAAUUUGAUGAAUUUAGAGUUUACUUUUGACGAGGUCGAGAUUACGGUUUAUUAAUGUUGUACACGCCCAUGUAAUAAUCCUAUUGAGUUCUUUCAUUUUCCGGGUUUAUGGACUGGGUGAAAGCUCCGUGUAUCAUCAAUCUGCAUUUCUCUUUCGCCCUGCUUAAGUUUUGACCUUUUGGAGAUGUUCUUAUCUAUCAAAGUUUAAUUUGGUAGUUCUGUUUCUUGUAAUAGCUGAUGUUCUUGAAGUUGGCAAUUCUUGUAUACUCGCUUUAAUUGGAGCUUGUAGCAGCAUGUGCAAUAAAGAAAGCGAGCAUUUCCCGUUUGACAUGCAGUCUCUGCCUUUCGGAAGUUCUUGCAAA